UUUGUGUUUCCCGCACCGUCAAUCAAAAAUAGAAAAAAAAAUCGACCCGAAUUCGCCGAUCAACACACUAGCCCGCCUUUGAUAAAAUAAUCAUGUUCGGAGUUUAGUGGAUCGGAUAAUCUCCCGCGUACUACAUUUUACACUAUGAGAACGGUACGCAACACUUAGCGCAUCGAGGCAUACAACUAUUCGGUGAGUUUUGCGCAAGCGACAGCGGAGCAAUCUGCGUCUUUUUAAUCUUCCGCUGAGUCCUGGCGCUAGCGGUAGCUGCUAUGGUUAGCCCACUAGCUAGGCUAGGCUAGCCUCGGAGUAGUUCACAAAGUAAACACCCGAUCCGAGCCCGAAGCGUCCGCAAAAACCUCCGUCCGCCGCCUUUUCGUUGUUGCGGUCUAUCCCUAACCCCUUCGGACUCCAGAGUGGGGAUGCUUUGCGAGCUUCCACGGGCCAGAAGAGUCUCAGAUCGCCUAGUUUCGCUCGGUUCCCCCCGCUCUCUCUGAAACAAGGAGAAAUGGCGUCCGCGGACGUGGACAGCAGUCAGAGCGAGUUUCUGCAGCACGGCGGCGGAGCGGACACGCAGACGACAGACAUGUCAGCCAUUCAGCUGACGGGCUCGGACCGCUGGGAGCUGUUGACGCCCGUCUCCUCGGGAAAGGAAGACCAGGGCAUCGUUCACAUUCCCAACUCUGGAAUAGUCACGUCCAAUGGACAGUAUGUGAUCGGUAGUAUGGCCAACCAACCCAUCUACGUCACGGCGUCUGGGAACGAGGUCUCGGCCAAUGGUGUGUCAGGCAUUCAGUAUCAGAUCCAAAACGCAGACGGGACGUUGUCGGGGUUCUCGGCGCAGGGAUUGGACGACGGCUCAGGGCAGAUCCAGCUGAUCUCGGACGGCAGCCACGGCGGUCUGGGCGUCAGCCUGGCCUCCACGAACACGACGGACCUUUUAUCGCAGGCCGGGCAGGUGCAGUCCAUCCAGGGCGUGUCUCUGGGCGGGGGCUCGGCCUACGCCAGCGCGGGGCACAUGGGGUUGCCCGGCAACAUCACCUUCGUCCCGCUGAACCUCGACCUGGAGUCGCUGGGGCUGACGGGCGCCCAGACGGUUCCCAUAGCGACGGGGGUGACGGCGGACGGGCAGCUGAUCAUGAGCAGCCAGGCGCUGGACGGCGGCGACGGCAAGCAGUCGCUGGUGACGGUGGGCGGCGGCGGGGGUCACCAGGAGCUGUACGUGCCCACGUCCUCGGCGUCCAACUCGGCCUCCUCGCUCCCCGAGACCAUCGACGGCACCGGCGUGCUGACCCAGGCCACCGCCGUCUCCGCGGGCCUCGCCGACCCCUCCUCGUCCGGGAACUUCAACUCCCACAACCACCUGCAGCAAAUCCAGGUGUCCUCCUCCAACUCCCAGCCCAUCCUGCAGCUGGCGGGGGACGGCCAGGCCCAGGGGGACCUGGGGCCCGGGGGCCAGACGAUGCAGAGCGUCCAGCUGGUCAACCCCGGCACCUUCCUCAUCCAGGCCCAGACGGUGUCGGCCACGGGGCAGAUCCAGUGGCAGACCUUCCAGGUGCAGGGGGUCCAGUCCCUGCAAGGCCUCCAGCUGCCCCAGGGCCAGAGCCAGACCCAGCAGCUGACCCUGGCCCCGGUGCAGACCCUGCCCCUGGGCCAGGGGGGCCAGGUCACCCUGCCCAACCUCCAGACCGUCACCGUCAACUCGGUAGCGCACGUGGGGGUGCAGUACUCGCAGGGCGAGGACGCCAGCAGCCCCGCUGACAUCCAGAUCAAGGAGGAGCCGGACUCGGAGGAGUGGCAGCUGAGCGGCGACUCCACGCUGAACACCAGCGACCUCAGCCACCUGCGGGUGCAGAUGACGGACGACGACAUGGACGGCGCCGGCGGCGAGGGCAAGCGGCUGCGGCGCGUGGCGUGCACCUGCCCCAACUGCAAGGAGUCCGGGGGGAGGGGCUCGGGUACGGGCAAGAAGAAGCAGCACAUCUGCCACAUCCCGGGCUGCGGCAAGGUGUACGGCAAGACGUCCCACCUGCGGGCGCACCUGCGCUGGCACAGCGGGGAGCGGCCCUUCGUCUGCAACUGGAUGUUCUGCGGCAAGAGGUUCACACGGAGCGACGAGCUGCAGAGACACCGGCGGACGCACACAGGAGAGAAGAAGUUUGUGUGCCUGGAGUGCUCCAAGCGCUUCAUGCGCAGCGACCACCUGGCCAAGCACAUAAAGACUCACCUGAACAAGAAGGGCGCCGCCUCGGCCGGCGCCUCGCCCUCCGUCUCCAACGACACCAUCAUCACGGCGGGCGGGACCACCCUCAUCGUCCAGACCACCGGCCACCACGAGCUGGUCGGCAACCAGGAGAUCCCGCUGCAUCUGGUCGCUGUGGCGCCCGGCGAGGUCAUGGAAUGAGGGAGGGGUUGGGGGCGGUUGGGGGCGGGGUUUAUUUUUGCGAACUGGCCAAUUACAGGGACCUCUUUUUAUUGUUUUUUUCCUUACUUUAUUUUUUGUCUUUUUUUACAUAUGAAUAUAUACGUAAAUAUAUAUGAAAAAUAUAUAUAUUUUAAGAGUUAUGACCGUGAUUCUUUUGCAGUCUUUUUAUAGGCGGGCAAGAUAUACAUAAAAUAUGUGGUUGCAAUGUACACACGCGCAAAUACAGACAUGCACACACAUUGUCGCACACACACACACACACACACACAAAGGAAAACAUGCAUAGACACUCAAACAACCUGAAUACUCAACACAGUGAAAUGCCUUAUUUUGUAUCAUACUCUUGUAUAAAAUGCUGGAGAUGCAUGUGUUUUUUAAGCUUUGAUGUUAAUGUUCUGGGAAUAAAUGUUUGUUUAAUGACCUAUAGGGGGUGGGGGGGGGGCGGUCUUUGGACAAAGAUCAAUGAAUGCGCCGAAGAAGAAAUGUUUUUAAUCAUCCCGUCGAGAGGUCUCCAGGAGUGUCUCUUAUGUCCGGGACGGCGGUUCUUGGAGGCAGCGUCCCACACCCCCACCUGAACGGUCUCUCAGCGCACCCUAAGGCUCUGAUACCCCAUUCAGUACAGUGAUGGUAGACCCCCAAAGGCUCAAGAGUUCCCCAAACCCGGGAAGGAAAUGAAUGUGAAUUUCAUUGUGUUGAUUUUGGUAACAAAUAAUGUAAUACAGCCGUGGGUGGUUUCUGAAUUUGAAAUCACAAUGAAUACUAAAUAUCUUGACUGAAAGGGACACCGGUCCGGAUUGACGGGCGGCAGAUUAGGGUGUUUGAUUCUGACGCUUCCUCCAUGAAUGCGGUCCUCCUGGGUUUGUACUUCUCACCUGAAGCUCCGCCCUGUUUAUUGUUUCGUGUUUUUUUUUUUCCCGAUUUGAGAGAUCGGCUGACGACACGCCUCCAUCUGCCUCUUCAAGGUCUAGUGUGAACUGAGCAUCUGUGACCUCUGACCUGAACACAGACCCCCGUCCACUGGCCCAAGUCACACCUGUACCCCUCCCCCCCCCCCCCCCUCUUCCACCAUCACCCCCACCUCCCCUCCCGUUAUGAAAGAUUGUUUGGCGGCAAAUUAAUUUAAUUGUACUCAUUGAGUUGUUUUUUUUUCCUCUUUCUAUGUUUCUUGCCAUUACUUAUUUGAUUUUUUUUGGUCAAAGAUCAAGCCUUAUGUGUCUGGGGAGGCGGGGGGGGGGGGGUGCAUUGUUGUUGCCAUGCCAACACCGAGAACUGUAUGCAACAAACCACCAAACUCGUGUUUUUGAAUUUAUUUCUUUAGCAUACUUAUUUUUUUUCACAUUCCAAUUGGGUACCGGAUUAAACAAGUUAUAACGUUUCUCUUCCAACAGCCAAUCCGCUAGCGAUUCUGUCCGGACGAUGCCCAGUCGAUAAUGAAGCAGCCAUGCCAUUAUAUUCAAGAUUUUCGUUUUCUUUUUAUAUCAAUGUAAUCUUUUUUUCUUUCUCUGUCCACAUUUGUAGCGUUCAUUUACAUGUAUAUUCUUACGUCACAUUGUUUAUAGAAGCCAUUAUUUGGUCAACUAAAUCUGUUGUAUCAAUCUUUUAUUUUAAGUGAUUUUUUUUAAGAACUUGUGUAAAAUUCGAAUGUUACUUUUUUUGUAAAACCUUUUUUCAAAUGGAUCACAAUAAAAAGUCUGAUACCUUCA